CUCUGCAGGGACUUCCCUCCCAUCUUGUGGCAAUAUGGAGAACGAGGCAUCAAAUUCGGACCAGCAAUCGGCAGACAACAAACGAUCGUCAGACAGUCCAGGUGAUUCAGCAAGCUCUGAGCCGUCAGCCCAACACAGCAGCGCAGUACCUGCAGCAGAUGUAUGCCGCACAGCAGCAGCACCUUAUGCUGCAGACAGCAGCUCUGCAACAGCAUCAGCAGCACCUGAACAGCGCUCAGCUCCAGAGCCUGGCAGCAGCACAGCAGGCCGGAUUGGCGGGCAGCAGAGCGACCCCUACAGGGACCCAGCAGAGUCCGUCCCAGGUGACAACGAUGAACCUGACCAGCUCCCCCCAGAUCAUCCAGCGCCCCCAGACUGUCAGCUCCACCCCGGCUCCGGCAUCUGGAAUUCCCAGCAGGCGGUUCUGUUAGGAAAUGCCUCUUCCCCAGCACUGAGUGCCAGCCAGGCACAGAUGUACCUUCGGGCUCAGAUGCUGAUAUUCACUCCUGCAGCCACGGUCAGCAGCAUCCAAUCCGAUGUCAGCUCUGCAUCAAGCUCCUCCCAGCCUGUCAGCACUCAGGUCCAGAAUCUCACUGUGCGAGGAACAGUUGGUGAGACGACGCAGCUACCUACCUUGGCUAUGAAGCCCGCUGCCCUGAGCCUCCAUCAUGUCACCAAACCUGCCGGCUAUGUAGGUAGCCAUAUGGCAGAGAGCCACAAGAAAGGGGAGCCACCGGGCACAGACAGCCAGACUCCAACCGGCCGGACCACACAUGCCAUCAUUGCUCCAGCUUACUCUCCGCAGCUCGUCUCGGAACCAAAGCCGGUUCUGCACCAGAUUGUGCUCCAGAAAUCGCCUUCUCUGCAGCCUCGCCCGGUCCUGCCCCUCACACAGCCCCUCACCCACCAGCCUCAGGUGUCCCAGGGCCUCUCCUCUCCACCUAUCACAUCGCAGGCUCCGCUGGUACCGCCUUCCUCAUAUGUGGAAUCCAACAAGCAGAAAGCCAACCCCAUCCCCCCUUCAAGCUUCGGAGGACAAGAUGGCGCCGUCCAGUGCAGGCUCCUCCCCCCCAGCUCAGCCGUCAUCUUUCAGAUCCCGAACACUCGGACAGCGACCCCCCCACUGCAGGAUAAUCUCCGGAAACACUGUGAGUCCCACAGAACCCAACCACAGUCCUCAGUCCAGAUACCGCCGACGACACCAACCAACCGCACCACCGACAACCAUCAGGCCACGCCCCACGAUCCCGGGCAGAACAUCCAGGCCAAGCUCAUCUCUUCCCCUCCUCUGGACAUGACCUCCGGAAACGGCUCCGCCCCUCUACCUGCAGCG